ACAUUCGGCCUUGGUGGACGGGCCAAGCAAGCACCGGUGUGCCUGUCUGUCACCUCGAUGCCUCGGUUUGCCCUUCCUGGUAACCCGGGCGUCUAUCUCUCGUGCAUGAGAGCGGACAACCCUACGAACCUCGCCAUAGGCGCCGUUCGCGAUGACUGGCUCAUGGCUGAGCGUGCCCACUUGUCAUGAACAAGAAUGCCAACCGGGACCACAAUUGUUGUGCUGCUGUUCUUGGUUCUCCUGUGUAUUGUGUGGUACCUGGCGCACACACCCCACGCCCCAGAUCUCCAUGUCUCUCAUGUUCCCACUGCUGCCCCGUGGGAAAAUCUACCUCCACAAGAAAACCUAGAUCAGCCCCGUCAUAGUCACCGUACGAGGACGGCCGCGGCUGCCGUGGUCGACUUGUUCGCCGAGCGCAGGGGUCCCCAUCCUCAGUCCCAACCACAGCGACCAACCCGCGCGAGCAUGCAUGCCUGCUUGCCAGGACAGACCCUGACUUUUCAAGGCCAGUGGCCCACUCCCCCUGUACUCGCUGGGGAAAUGCGGUCUUGGCCCAAGAUAUCGACUUUGUGGCACUUUGGGAGAUACAGGGACUAGCGAUGACGUGGGGCAAGAACGCACCGGCGCCCGCAAACCAAGGAGUCGCAGGAAAUACCCGGGCUGGCUGGUUCUUGGCUCUCGCAGUCGAGUGUAUAAAGGACUGUGGAAUUCCAUUCUCUGAUAGACAGGCGCUUGUCGAUCUGUGUUUGGUCACGAACUAGUCACACU